AUGGCUUAUCUACCAUUUGACCUCGUCGAUGGAAUCUUUGAGAAAGAAAAUCUUCUUAAUUUACCGGAAAAUCAACUCUACUACCGUCAAAUGCUAGGUCUUGAAAAACAUACACCAUUCGAAUGUAUCGGUCAAGUGCCCGAAGUACAAUUGGCUUUUGAACUUGCUCAUCGUAAAGGAUUACAAGGUGUAGCUAUGGACACCUAUUUAAGCGAGGUGUCGUCCGAUCAAAACUGGUUGGAUAUUAUUACUAAGUAUACUCGUGUAGCGAGUGAAGAUACGACAAAUAUGCCCCAUAGCAUUAAGAUGCGAAUAUUGCCACUAAUGGAUUGUGCCAGCAUUGAUGCCCGUAAACAGUUGGCCGCCAUUUUAGACUUACCGAAUAUUUGA